CGGCCCCCAUCGCCCGCUCCCGCCUGGAGCUACGGCCCCCCGGAGUGUCCCCCCGAGGGCUCCGCGCUCCGCAGGCAGCAGGUCCCCGGCUACUCCCCGCCACAGACCCCUGGAAUGCCGAUGCCGCAGUACCCGUACGGAGACAGCAGUGCAGGGCUCCCGGGGCAGGGCCCGGUGCCACAGCCCCGAGCCCUGGAGGACACGUGGGGCCCCCACUCUGUCUUUGGGGUGCAGCCGCGUUACGCCUGGCCCGCGGCCUCGGGGCACGGCAGCCUCUACGUGUCCGAUUCACAGCCACCCUGGAGCGGCAGCGGGGCUCCUUCCCACCCUCCCACCUGGGAGUCACAGGGACAGGACUCUGUCUACGACAGACCUGAGCAAAGCCCCAGCCAACGCAGUUACUAUUCUGAUGUCAACCAGAGGCACUCUGGGGUGGGGAAUGAGCACAGGAUAGCCAGGGCUGCCCCGUCCCAGCCGCGGGUGCAGUACAGUGCCCAGCCCCAGCUCUAUGACCUCGCUCCACGGAAGCCCGUGGCCGGGAGCCGGGAGCUGGGCUUCAAACCUGCUGAGCAGCCUUCCACAAACCCUGCAGCCAUGCAGCCCGAGAUUCAGAGGAUCCUCCACGUGAUGGGGGAGGCUGAACAGCUGGAGGAAGAGGUGGAAGAAUUUGUAGGGAAAAAGACAGAUAAAUCCUACCGGCUCCUGGAGGAGAUGUUGACCAAGCUGCUGCUGGAGCUGGAUUCCAUUGAGACUGGGGGCCAGGACAGCGUCCGGCAGGCCAGGAAAGAGUCCGUCCACAGAAUUCAGGCCAUACUGGAAAAACUGGAAAGAAAGGGGCUGUGAAAGCACAUGAGCCACAACACACAGCCUGUUGUUGAGGUUCCAAAGAGUUUCAGUUCUCUUAAAUCUCAGCUCUUUCUGCUACGCACUAUUGACAAUGGAAUAGCAAUAAGCCCUGAGUUAACAAAUCAAUUCAAACCCAUCAAAAAUCCAGCCCAGAAGCCCAGCCCUGACGAACAGCUCAGCAAAGGACAAAUUGCGAGAGGUUUGAAGCAGCAAAAGUAUUUAAUGAAGAUGUUGAAGAGAGCUGGGCCAAGGAUGGAGCCCUGUGGGGUUGUGUACAGUUCCCCAGAGCAGGCCCAAUCUCUGGGUGUCUCCUACAGUCACAGCCAGUCUUUCAACACUCGUCAGAUGUGCUGCAAUGUGCAGCCAGCAACCAAGACUCUGGGUUUGUCCUCACUGCCUGUAAUUUCAGCUUCAGCUCCCUUGCCAUAAACCCCGUGUGUCCUCACAGGGGUUGUUUGGGUUUAGUGCACUCAAGGAGCAACACUGAGGUUCUGGAGGGAGGGACUGUGCUGGCACAUGUCGCCUUGUGCUGUUCCUCCUGUGGUGCAGAGCCAGUGUGAGGUGUCCCUGUGGGAACAGACUGGGAAUCCCGGUUCUGCCACUGGAAAGGAGAAGUGCAAGUCAAGGAAAGAACAAAUGCAGGAUGCUUGCAAGUGAUUUCCAGGUCACUUGGUUCAAAAUCCCCUGUUGAAUGUCCCUCUCCAUCCUGCGAGUUUUGUGUCCCACUGUGCAGCACCACGGAGGGAACAGCUCAGCCUGUUCCAGCCUCCUGGUUACCACCUGCACAGAACUCACUGCUAUGUGUGACACUUAAUAAACCCUGACAAGUUUUAAAUGUUAUUUUGUAA